AUGGAGCGUUUAGUUCCCGGUUAACGUUCGACGGUGCCGAAUCGGCUUUUCAUCACUAUAUAGUAUAGAAUAUAGUUGAAUAUUUCCCAAGCCUAAGUUCGUGGUAAAAGGGAAAUGAGGUACGAAGUGAAAAUACCCGAAAGUGUCACCCAAAACGCUCAUAAAUAAUCCAGUGAAAAUGAAAGCAAAUCAUACGAUUCUGCUUGUAUAUUUAUUUUUGGUAAUCCAACAAAGUUGCAAAGCUACGCAAAAGUCGCAGCUCGGCCAGUCGCUUAUACAAUUAAGUCACGACAACUCCGAUGAUGACUAUCCCGAAGUUAAGGACGAAAUACAUUUGGAAGACUUUUUUUGGACUGGUUCGGGCGAUGGGCCACCGGAUUUCCUGAAGAAGGUUCAUACGGGCAUUACCAAGGGCAAGGAGACGGUUUUCAAGACCGAAACAGUGGUGGCCACUAUCUAUGUGGAUGGAAAUAAUGAAAUUGACAUACCCAUCUGUCUGGACUGUAAACCGGAUGAUGGAGGCGGCACUUGGGAUAUGGGUGGUCCAGGAAUGCCACCUCUUAAUUAUUCCGCCACGGAUCGAAGAUAUUGGCUGCUGACGGUCAUGUCGGGUUUCUAUACUGCCAAGGAUAAUCCCACUUUGGAGGAAAAGCUGGCACGUCUAUAUCGUUUGGCUUUUACAAGACAGCAAACCCGUCAUCUGGGCAUAAAUGGAGCACAGCAAAUCGAAGGGGUAAACCUACCGACGCCACCUCGAGAGCGACGAAAAUCUUUAGCCCCACCGAGGAGACCCGAAACCACGACGGGAUCACCGGAAGAUGAUGUGGAAAUACUGGACAUGCAGGAGGAUGAGGAGCACUAUAUCAAGAAUGUGAGAAGACUGGGCGAAGACACCGAAUGGGCGAGUAACUCGGAGGAGGAGGAGCAAGAGCAGCCGGAGGAGCAACUUCCGAUGGGGGUCACAACCUCGACGAGCACAGAAUCGAUAGAUUACGGGGCAUACGUUACUCUGAUCCCCUGGGAGCUCAUACAGCAGAAUGGAAAAUCGGAAAAGUUGCGGGAAAUGCACGAAACCUUGUUGACUAAGCAACCGCCGGUGCAGCAACAACAGCAACAGGGGAUGGGAAUGGAACCACCCCGAUCACAACCCCAAACACAGACCCAAACCCAACCACUCUAUAGGGACGAGCACGUCAGAGUUGUCAUACACAACCUAACGCAAAUUAGCGAGGCGGAUGUGCAAAAGUGGAGCACCAACACCAAUGGGUUCGGUACCAUCGAGGAGCACAACUACGUCAACCUCAAAUUCAGCAACGAUCGUCCCAUAGCCAAUCAAACCGAGCUGAUUUACACAGUUUUGGUGAAUGGACGACCCAUUUUGGCCACCACAGCGGCCAAGGAUAUGGAACUGGUGAGCGAAUCCGAGGCAGUCAAGACCUUUGGACAGGCUGUCUAUAUGAAAUCCGAACCCUAUAUAAGGGAGCCGACGGCCACUGCUUUAGCUCCGGUUCCUCGAAGUGGACAGGCUGGGUUCUUCAACUCGGUGAAAAACAACGUGGCUUUGGUGGUAAUCAGUUCCCUGGCCAUCCUGCUGCUGAUGUUGCUCCUGGUGGCUGUUCUACUUUUGGGACGAACACGUUCCCGACAAAGAGAACUUAGUGCGGUCAACAGAAACUCCUCCCGCAACGAAUUGCUCUCCGAGGGUCAAUCCAUUCGUCCGACGACUAGUGAGAGGACCGAAGGAGAACCGAGUCCAGGACAUUCCCAUUCGAGGGUAGAGGGCGGUGUGCGGAACUUCUCUUAUGAAAGAGAGCCCAGGAUAAGUUUUCCAGCUCCGCCGCAGGAGAACCAAUCCCGAUCUCGUCGUGAUUCCAUCUCCUCGUCGACGGACAACACCUCCGAUUCUUCGGUUUACUGUCCCAUCAAUCCACCGAGUGCCGAUGUGCAGAGGAUCCUAGAUGACAAGGCGGCCCGUUUAUUCGAUGCUCAUAAGAGGCGUCAUCAAUACGAUAGAGCUGAGGGUCACGAGGAAACGGUCUACACAUCGGUGGUAUCCGAGAAAAAGGGCGAUAAGAUGAGGCAUAAAUCAAGGAGACGUUAUCUGAACGAGAAUCGUGUGGGUUCCUUGGAAACGAGUCCUGUUCAGGGCUCUCUGGCCGGCCACUCCUCCGCCGAGGAUUCUCCGGAGGUUAUGCGUCGUAGCUAUGAGAAUUUCCAGCGGAAUGAGGCCUUCAAUCCGCACAACAAUUAUCACCGCAACAAGUUGUUGACCCAAAAAACUGGAAGAGGCGUUUCCGCCGAGGCAAUUAACAACGAGAUGAUACGGAAUCUACAACCCUCUGAUAAAUCCGAUACAGCCAGUGUGGGAUCCUUCCUAUCGAUGGCUUCCGUUCGCGCCUUUCCCAAGAGUACUCACCCGGAACCCCUUAACCGAGUGCUAGAUCCCGUCUUUGUCACCUACUAUGAUAAUGUGAAUGCAGUGGCGCCGCACAAUUCGACGAGAUCCCUGAGAUCCCACAAAUCUCAGGGCAGCAAGGACAACACCAUUGCCACCAUUGCCAGUUUUCCCAGUCCCAAGGCACCACCUUCAUCGGUUAGGAAUGUACGAUCCGCCUCUCACAGCGAUAAUCCCGAUCCAGGAGUUGUGGGUCCUGUCGUCUGGGAGCGGCACAAGAAGAAGCAGACGCAGGAGGCCCUGAACUAUGGUGAUUACAAUCCCAGUCCACUGCACAAUCCGUCGGCAAUACGCAAUCACUACGAGGGGCUUUUGGAGGGAGCCCUGCAAAUGUACUCCAGCCAGGAUGAUAUACCCAUGCCCUUGCCCACGCAGAAUUUCACGAACAACAGGAGAGUUACGAAAAGAGAGCACAGGGGCUCGUCGGCGGGGUUGCCCAGCUUUCAUCCUUCGGGAGGUUCCAACACUAUAGCUGAACGUCCAGCCACAGCGCAGCCGGAGAAGACUUCGAAAUCGGCGCAUUCCACGCAACCACCGUCCCCAACUUAUAGUGCCUGGGGAGGCGGGAGUAUGUAUAGCUCCCAUUCCACCCUGAAUCGACCGGUGAGCGCAGGUCCUAUCCAAAGGACGGAGAACAGAUUGGAUGCAUCUAAUCCGGGAACCGGAACUGCGCCCCUUAUCGAGGCCAUACAAUCCGAGCUGCGAAAGUUCAAGCAACAGCAGGAGUAGAUUCCAUAUUUUAAUGAUCUUAACUUUGUCAUGGCAUAUCUGUACCAACAAAAUGUUUGCAAUUCAUUUAGAAUAAACUUUUCUUAAUACUCUAAAA